UUGGGGGCUUUAAUGAGUACCUUGUACGAAGUAGAGAUCUUGAAGUUAUGAUUUGCAAAGGUCAGUAGACGAAUACGAGUACGAUUACGGUCGGGUACAAGUUGGUAUGUCAAGUCCUAUUUAGAACCUCUGCCACUACGAGUCGAUUCUUCUCACUUUACCGAUGCCAUAUUGAAUUCAAGUGGUCGUAACGUACCUGUCCUUGAAGUGAGACCUCUCUCGAAUUACCUAAAAAAACUGUCGGACAAUCAGAUCAUCAAAGUUAUAUUCUGGAAAACAACGUCCAAAAAUGUCACACAUCCCAACUCGCCAACUAGGUCGCAAUGGCCCACAGGUCACCGCUUUGGGUUUCGGAGCCCUUGGACUGUCGACGUUUUACGGCAAGCCACAACCGGACGAGGAACGCUUUGCGUUUCUGGACCAUGCCCACAAGGUCGGUGCGAGGAAUUGGGACACGGCUGAUGUGUACGGGGACAAUGAAGAUUUGAUCGGAGAGUGGUUCAGACGAAGUGGGAAACGCGACGAUAUCUUCCUAGCUACCAAAUUCGCGACAGUUUGGCAUCCGGACGGGACUAGAACUUUCAACAAUGAACCUGGAUACGUCAAGGAAGCAUGCCAAAAGAGUCUCAAAAGGUUAGGUAUCGAAACCAUCGAUCUUUACUAUUGUCACAGAUUGAGCGGAAAGACUCCCAUCGAAGACAUGGUUGAGGCAAUGGCUGAUUUGGUCAAACAAGGCAAGGUCAGAUACCUAGGGUUGAGCGAAUGUUCAGCCGAGUCUCUUCGAAGGGCGCACAAAAUCCACCCCAUCUCGGCCGUUCAGGUCGAAUACAGUCCCUUCACGACGGAGUUGGAAUCCCCCCAGAUCGGACUGUUGGACGCUUGUCGGGAACUGGGCGUGGCGGUCGUCGCGUACAGCCCGCUCGGCCGGGGGUUCCUCACGGGUCAGUACAGGUCCCUGGACGACUUUGACGACGACGACAUCCGACGCACCCUCCCUCGGUUCUCCCCCGACAACUUCCACAAGAACCUCGAACUCGUCGACCGGAUCGUGUCGCUCGCCGACAAAAAGGGCUGCACGGCGGGACAGUUGACCCUGGCCUGGCUCAUGGCCCAGGGCGAAGACGUGAUUCCGAUCCCGGGGACGAAAAAGAUCAAAUACCUCGACGACAACAUGGGGGCGUUGAACGUCAAGUUGACGCCCGAGGAAAACCGAGAGAUCAGAAAGGCCAUCGAGAGUGCCGAGGUCAGCGGGAGUCGGUAUCCUCCCUUCAUGCAGGCGUACAACUUUAUGGACACGCCGGAGAGAUGGUAAAGAUGUGCAGAACUCAAUAGCUGCCGAAAACUUUGCCACUGUUUCGGAGUGUUGACGAUCCGAGUAGGGAAACAGUAAAAUAGGGUACUCAUGAGGAUUGUGAUCAUGUACCAUGUACCUCCUGUGCAGAACUAUAUACCAUUUCUAAUCUACUUUUUCCCUGCCCG